AUGCCAAGCAAAUUACGCAAGGCAAUUGGGGCGGUGAAGGACCAAACCAGCAUAAGCUUCGCCAAAAUCACCAGCACCAACGCUUCCAACCUCCAAGUCCUCAUCCUCAAGGCCACCCGUCACGACGAUUCUCCCAUCGACGAACGCUACGUCACCGAGGUCCUCUCCUUGAUCUCCUCCAGCAAAGCAUGUGCCGUCGCCUGCGCCCACGUCAUUUCCAAACGAAUCGGGCGCACCCGAAAAUGGAUUGUCGCCUUGAAAUCUUUGAUGCUCGUCCUCCGCAUUUUUCAGGACAAUGAUCCUUACUUCCCUCGGGAAGUUCGCAAGCGUGGGGCCAGAAUACUGAACCUCUCAGGAUUUCGCGAUGAUUCGAAUAAGAGCCCUUGGGAUUUCACCGCAUUUGUGCGUACUUUCGCAUUGUACCUCGACGAACGCCUCGAUUGCUUCAUCACCGGGAAGUUACAACGCAGCUUCACACAUCGUGUCCGAAUUGGGAAAUUCCAACCCCCGAAGAUGUAUUUCAACGACAACAUGAAGCCGCCUGUGCUCCUUGACCAUAUUUUUUACUGGCAGAAGCUGCUGGAUCGCGUGAUGGCCACACGACCAACGGGGGCCGCGGAAUCGAACCGAUUGGUUCAUAUAUGUCUAUAUGCCAUCGUUCAGGAAAGUUUCGAUUUAUAUAAGGAUAUCUAUGAUGGAUUGGCUCUCCUCGUUGAUAGCUUCUUCCACCUACCGCACCAAUCUUGCGCAACUACAUUUCAGGCGUGCGUGAGGGCAAUGAAGCAAUUCGAGGAGCUCUCUUCUUUCUACAAUUUCUGCAAAUCGAUGGGCGUGGGGAGGGCAUCGGAGUAUCCUAACAUUAAGAAGAUAUCUGGGGAGCUAAUUGGGACGUUGCAGGAGUUUCUAAGAGACCAAGCUUCGUUUCCAACAGUGGCUGGUGGUGGCCCGUCUCCAUCGCGAAGACCGGAGGGGGAAGAGGAAGAGGUUGUGGCGGAGGGAAUUUCAUCACGCACUCGUCAAUUGUCAUCGUUGGAGGAUUUGAUGGGACUUGCCGGGAUGGAGGAUCAAGAGGUAGAGUCGCCGAUGUCGUCAGAGAAUAAGGACAUGAUCGACGCUGGCAAAGAUAUCGAGUCGUCGAGCUCGUUUUCAUUCGAUCAAGGGACGAGAAACACAAAGGGUAGUAGUGCUCUAGAUUUGUUGUCACUGGACGAUUGGGAUCUGGAGGAUUUGAAGCUAGAUAAUGAGAAGGCUUUGGAGAAUUCAAAUUCGGGUUGGGAGAUUGUUCCGGUCGAGCUCGAGAAGCAGCCGAGCACCGAAAUCCCUAUUGGAUUCUUUGAUUUAAAUGGAUCUGAAAAUUCUGGUUCAUCAAUUGGAUUGGAAUUUGGAAUUUCGGCGACUACUAGUAAUCAAGUCCCUAAUCACCAUUAUAACCCAUUUCUAGAGGAUCUGGAUGUUCAGUUGCCUCAUAUUGAAACAGAAUCAAAGCCUUUGUCGCUUCCGCCGACAGAGGAGGGGAAGGAAACAAUUCCAGUGGAUGACCUUUUUCUCGGCGGGGACUUUUUAGAAGACACGACCAAAGUUUAA